UUCUUUGAAUCUUCUUUAGGAAAAUAUAUUACAGACCUAGGGAUUAUUAUGCAAUUUGAAACCUAGAUAAAUUCUGCUAUGGCGAACUUAGUUUUGGUUAUGCUAGUUAGGUACUUGUGUUGUUACUUUUACCCUCGGCGAACUUAGUUUUGCCUGCUCUUGAUGUGCGUAAGGAAAUGUUCUAGCAUUUGUUUCCUCGUCGCCACUCACCGUGUCAGCAGUCAUCAAGUUAAUUGAAAACAUAUGAGACGGAUGAAAGAAGUUUUCUCUUAAAGGCAUUGUUUAGAAUUCUUCUUCACCUUAACGCCCAAAUGGAUCCUCUUCGAAAUUCCUUCAAUCCCAACAAGCAUCUGAAAGAAGAAUUCGUAAGCAACCUGACAGGAUCUUCGAUUCUUGAAAUUGUCUCCCUCUCAACAAUUGUACCUGCUUUGAUUGUUUUGCGUCACUAUGUUUGCGCAAAGGGACUAUAUGGACCUUUACAUGCAAAGAAAAUCACAUCAAAGAAAGAAAAAGAUGGAACUAUUGAUGGUAGAAGUUGGAGAAUUUACAUGAGCACGCUGGUUAUGGAUUUCUUAUUUAUUGUUCUUCCAACCAUUCUUUUUCUCACUGUUCUAGCGGAAUGGACAAAUAUAUGUGUGAUUUUCUUGAUACUGUUGUUGCUCUUCUGCAUUGGAGACAAAAGAUCAGGUUCAUAUUCAGAAAGAGGAUCUGACCUUGCAUGUUCCAUUAGUGCAAAUGUUUCAGCAUAUAGAGUUUCCAUGAUGAUUGUCACGUGCUUGUGCAUCUUGGCUGUGGAUUUCACAAUAUAUCCUCGGAGAUAUGCUAAGACUGAGACUUACGGUACUGGACUGAUGGAUCUCGGGGUAGGAUCAUUUGUCCUAGCAAAUUCUUUAGUUUCAAGACAAGCACGGAAUGUCUCGUCAAUGAUGUGGAAGACCGUUCUUCAAUCAACGAGUCCAAUGAUCAUCCUAGGAGUUGGCCGACUCAUUUUUACAUCAGGUGUAGAUUAUCAGGUGCAUGUGGGAGAGUAUGGAGUACAUUGGAAUUUCUUUUUCACUCUUGCUGGCGUAUCUCUUUUAACUUCCUUGAUAAACAUUCAUUCUCGUUAUUGUGGUAUUCUUGGUUUAUCAAUUCUUAUAGGAUAUCAGCUAUGGUUAAGUUCUGGAUUAAAUGAGUUCCUUUUGUCCAACGAAAGAGCAAAUAACCUCUUUAGCCAAAACAAAGAGGGUGUUGUUAGUAUUUUUGGAUACUGGGGCAUGUAUUUAGUUGGAGUCCAGUUGGGAAACUUUCUUUUCUUCGGAAACAAUCGACGAACCCGGAUGAGAGUCUGGAUUCUUGCUGUUAUAUUUUGGUUAUCAACUAUCAUAUUGGACAGGCAUGUUGAAAGAGUUUCCCGCAGAAUGUGCAAUCUGACAUAUGUUGCCUUCGUAUUAGCCCAAAACUUUCAGGUUUUGGCGAUUUUGGUGCUGUCGGAUUUUAUUCCUGGACAAAAAACUUCAGUUAUUGAAGAAGCAUUUGACCGAAAUUUACUAGGAUCAUUCCUCCUGGCGAAUAUCAUGACGGGUUUAAUAAACAUGAGCGUUGACACCAUCUCCACCUCAUCUAUCACAGCCUUGGCUAUCUUGGUUGGGUAUGCCUUCAUUUUGUCCAUCCUUAGUGGAUUUGCAGCAUUUUCAGGGAUCAAAUUAAAGUUUUGGUAACACUAGGAUGCACACAGAGACUUCCGA